GGUUGCGAGUGAAGUUUGUAAAGGGGGAGGAGGGAAACUGCGUCAAAAAAAAAUUCAUUGAAACCUGUGAUUCAACGGUUUUCCAGGAAAUUUUUGGAGACAAAAAGGAUCAAUUCUGUGGCAAAAUAUUAGCUGGUCGCCCAGUGGAUGGAAGCAAAGAUGUUUCAGCCGUAGUGCGAGUUGUCAGAAAGUUGGGAUUGACAGGCUGGAAACUUUUGUUGCUCUUGUCUGAAGCUACCGUAUUGGAGUACGGAAAAGGCAACCUCUCUCGACAACGCUGUGGAGAAGAGACAUUCUUGAUUAGUCAUCUGAGGAGAUCAGCUUUCUACAAUACCUUCUUACAAUGGCACAAUGGAAUCAAUUACAACAGUUGGAUACCAGGUAUCUGGAGCAACUGCACCAACUUUAUAGUGACAGCUUUCCUAUGGAGCUGAGGCAGUUUCUGGCAGCAUGGAUUGAAACUCAGGAUUGGGGAUAUGCUGCCAGUAAGGAAUCACAUGCUACAUUGGUGUUCCACAAUCUGUUGGGUGAGAUUGACCAACAGUACAGCAGAUUUUUGCAAGAAUCCAAUGUCUUGUAUCAGCAUAAUCUGAGGAAGAUUAAACAGUACCUCCAGAAUAGGUAUUUGGAGAGGCCAAUGGAAAUUGCACGAAUCAUAGCAAGAUGCUUAUGGGAAGAAGCUCGUCUCCUUCAAGUUGCUGCAUCUGUCUCACAGCAAGCUGGACAGUCACCACAUCACAGUUCUGUAGUAACUGAGAAGCAGCAGAUUCUUGAACAUAAUCUGCAGGAUGUACGGAAGAGAGUGCAGGAUCUUGAACACAAGAUUAAAGUAUUAGAAAACCUUCAGGAUGAUUUUGAUUUCAACUACAAGACCUUAAAGAGCCAAGGAGAUGUGCAAGAUUUAAAUGGGAACUCACAAGCAGCAACAAGGCAGAAGAUGGCACAACUGGAACAGAUGUUGACUGCUUUGGAUCAGAUGAGAAGGCAAAUAGUCACUGACUUAGCUGCCCUGCUGUCUACUGUAGAGUUUGUGCAGAAGACAUUAAUGGAUGAGGAACUGGCUGACUGGAAAAGGCGGCAACAAGUAGCAUGUAUAGGAGGUCCACCCAACAUCUGCCUUGAUCGCCUUGAGAACUGGAUUACAUCUUUGGCUGAGUCUCAGCUUCAGACACGACAACAGAUUAAAAAACUGGAAGAACUGCAGCAAAAAGUUUCAUACAAAGGUGACCCUAUUGUUCACCACAGACCUGUGCUGGAAGAGAGGAUUGUUGAAUUAUUUAGGAGCUUAAUUAAAAGUGCUUUUGUUGUGGAGAGACAGCCUUGCAUGCCAAUGCAUCCAGACCGUCCCCUAGUGAUCAAAACGGGUGUGCAAUUCACGACUAAAGUGAGGUUGCUGGUUAAAUUUCCUGAGUUAAAUUAUCAGCUUAAGAUCAAGGUUGCCAUUGACAAGGAUUCUGGAGAUGGUUCUGCACUGAGGGGAUCACGGAAAUUCAACAUAUUGGGAACCAAUACAAAAGUUAUGAAUAUGGAAGAAUCAAACAAUGGAAGUCUGUCAGCAGAGUUUAAGCAUUUGACACUGAGAGAGCAGAGAUGUGGAAAUGGAGGGAGAGCAAGUAGUGAUGCUUCCCUCAUCGUCACUGAAGAGCUACAUCUGAUAACUUUUGAGACAGAAGUUUACCAUCAAGGACUUAAAAUUGAUUUGGAGACCUCUUCACUGCCAGUUGUUGUAAUCUCCAACAUCUGCCAGAUGCCAAAUGCUUGGGCCUCAAUCCUUUGGUACAAUAUGUUAACCAAUAAUCCGAAGAAUGUGAACUUCUUCACAAAACCUCCAGUUGCCACAUGGGACCAAGUAGCAGAGAUUCUGAGCUGGCAGUUUUCUUCCACCACAAAGAGAGGACUCAAUAUGGAACAGCUGGGAACAUUGGCUGAGAAGCUACUUGGUCCUGGUGUCACCUAUUCUGGCUGCCAAAUCACAUGGGCAAAAUUCUGUAAAGAAAACAUGCCUGGCAAAGCAUUUUCAUUCUGGGUGUGGCUGGACAACAUCAUAGACUUGGUGAAGAAAUUCAUUCUCUCUCUCUGGAAUGAUGGAUAUAUCAUGGGUUUCAUAAGUAAAGAAAGAGAGAGAGCCUUGCUGAACGUGAAACCCCCGGGCACAUUCCUCCUACGUUUUAGUGAGAGCAACAAAGAAGGAGGGAUCACAUUUACUUGGGUGGAAAAGGAUAUCAAUGGAAAAACCCAAAUCCAGUCUGUGGAGCCGUACACCAAACAACAGCUGACCAACAUGUCCUUUGCUGACAUUAUCAUAAGCUACAAGAUCAUGGAUGCCACCAAUAUUCUUGUGUCACCACUGGUGUAUUUAUAUCCUGACAUUCCAAAAGAAGAGGCAUUUGGAAAAUAUUGCUGCAGUGAACCUCCAGAAGCUAUUGAUCCCAAUGAUCCAGAAACAUUUGCAUACCUGAAGAGAAAAUUCAUUUGUGUGACACCAACGAAUUCUGGUAACACCAGUGACUUGUUUCCAAUGUCUCCUCGAACGCUGGACUCGUUAAUGCAUUGUGGGAGCAACAAUGAGGGAAAUGAACAAGGAGCAGCAGGUGGCCUUGAAUCCAUCACUCUGGACAUGGAGUUUGGCACAGAGUGUGCUGCCUCUCCGAUGUAAAUUCUGUGCAUCAUUAGCCAAUGUGGGAUCCUGACUCAGUUAUUACUUCAAUAUGAUGAACCACUAAUUACAAUGGUUUACAAGUAAUUUGUUUAUAUCUGUUGUCUUCUGAGAAUUAGUACCUUAAGUUACAGCCCUUUUGCAUAUAAUGCUUUUACUGCAUUGUAUCACGUCAACUUCUGACUGCUUGAUCUAAAUUUAAUCCAUCAAAAGGCUUUGUAUUUUACCAGUCCAGUACUUCAACUUGGAUUCUAUCAUUCCUUUGCAAAUGGUUCAAAAGAAACUCCUUUUGUGCCGUAUGUUACAGGCUCUGGUGCAUCGUGGCAAAAUGUUGCCCCUUCAUUGUCCUUUAUCAUGUGGAUUUAGUAGAUUAUUAACAGCUUCAAGCACAAUCAUAGCUCUAGGAUUAGAAGUAAAUUCUUCAUGGGUAUAUUUCUUGAUUUGAAUUCUGAGAUGAUGCACUUUUUGUGUCUUGGCCACAGUGCACCUUGUUUGAAAAAUGAAACUUGAUUGUGUGGAAACAAGAUGUUGUUGACCAGUGUUUGAAUUGUGUUUUAUUCAUUCUGGGCAUGUGAUGACAUGGGAAAAUCUGUAAUUGUUACGGCUGAUAAGGAGGUAGUGAACUUCCUCUUAUACUAUUGCUGAGGUUUGAGCUGAGUAGCCUGUUAGCCAUUUCAGUAAGUGAUUAAAGUCAACCCAAAAGGGUGACAGGUCCUUCUCAAAGGAUACCAACACAUAACUGGGUUUGUACAACAGCCAAAGAUUGAUUUUCAGAGAGAAUUGUUUUAUUACUUCAAGAUUUUUCUUUUUAAUUUCUCGAGCUGGCAAAAUGGGAAUUGAAUUUGCAUGCUUUGGAUCAUCAAUCCAGGCCUCUUGAUUACUUGUACUGAAUGGAGCUCUGAUUGUCCUAAAGAUAGACUAAAGGGAAAUGAUAUCAGUCUCUCUGCUGAUGAGCUCUGCUUUCUCCAGUUCAUAGAAGAGAAGUGUAUUGUCAGUGGCCAUGACAUGCUCGAUGUAUAAUUACAAUAGUCUGCUUAUGAUUGAAUGGAUAUUGUGCAAUGCUAAAUUUAGCAGUACAGUGAAAUGUUAACGAGGCUGAUUGUUAAGUAAAUGAAAAGCUCUUCUCUAAAAUUGUUUUUAUAUUAAAAGCAUUUUUUAAACAACUCUUAAAAUACAGAAGUUGAAGCUCCAUCCAUGUGGUAUGCUGCCACUGAGGAAAGAACAAUCCAAGAUUACUAAAAUUUGGAAGUGUUUGAAAAUACAAAUUUGCAUUUUGCUUCAGGGAAUUGUCAGUGAUUUUUAAACUUUGAGGUAUAUUGUUUGCAUGGUAGAGUUGAAUAGUGGAAAUUGCUUGUAUCAGCCUAGGUCACAGAUGGAUUCAAAUUUUGCGUUUGCAUUUAACUAAGGAUUUGAGGUCUGAAACCCUUCUGCAUUUCAAUAAAGCUGUGUUUAGUGUUGACGAAAGUAUAUAGAGAAACAGUGGGAAUGUACUUUUUAAGACUUUUUGAUGUUGCCCAAAUGCUUGAGGCUGCUUGAAGUAAACUGACUAUGCAAGUAAAAUGUCAAGCCAAUGUCUUGCAAAUCUGGCAAAGGUUGACUGAACCAUUUGAGUCCUGCUUUCGGGUCAGUGGGGAGAGGACUAGAAAUCCAAUUUGAAUUGCCUUUUGGCCUAAAAAUUAGAAAAACAAUCAAUUAGCAUGUUUUAUUUCUCAUCCCCAUGCAAAGUCCUUGGAAGAUCAUACUAUGGUAUGACAUUUUACUUUCAGUGAGCUUGUAUUAUGCUAGACAUGGAAUGCUGAGUGAAACUACAUUAUCAAUUUUUCACCAACUCUGGUCAGAAGUCCAUAAUCAGACCUCACAGAAGCAGUAUUUUGUGACAUUUUUAAAGAAAUUUUCCCAAAACCUUACUGGAGAGGUGGGAAAAAUACUAUGUUUAAAGCUGGGGGGUUUUUUUGGAUAGAAAGAUUUCAAUUUACCACUUUGGGAGAAGGUAAAUCUAUAUCAGAGAGCUUCAAAGAUGUAUCCAAAUGGAAUUAUGACUCAUUUGGUAAUGGAGUAACCCACUUGCCAUCUAAAUGCUUCAGUAUAAGGCAGUUCUGUGUAGCUCAAACAUAGCCUUCUAAAGCAGCUGCUGUUGAGAAGCAGGGAGGCAUAUUUUUAAUCCUCUCCAUUGUAUUUGGGAUAAAGAAAAAAAUGUGCAACAAUGAAUUCUAAAACUAGUUAAGCAUCACUGAUCAGCUGUAAAGCAAUCUACUACAGUGCAUCUGUUGAAAUGCUCAAAACAGAUUAAUUUCAUUUGUGAAAUGUAUGGUUUGACUGUGUGUAUAUGGAAAAGUGUAUAGAGGCAGCAUUCACUUAUGCUGUAAAUUUUAUUGCUGUACUACUGAAAGAUGUCUCCUUACCCUUUUACUGAUUAAAAACCUGAGCUUUAACUGUC